UGAGCCCAGCACUCCCAGUGACAGCCUCCUGACUCCCCACUGCCCUGGCUGAACCAAGAUCUUUCUGGGUAUAGAGGAGGUUUUUUCAGAAGCCCAGGCGAGAGCCAUUUCCUCCAGCCCUUACAACAGUUUUGGAAGCACCUGUAUUCCAUGUAUUUCUACUGAAAAUACCUGGAGUGUUUUUUGUUUCUAGAACCUGAUACCACCCCUUCUAUUAGUCAGUGUUGUAGAUUUUAACUCUGGUGACAUCAGCUUUGUUUAGUUUUUCUAAAUGGCAACGGUCCCAUGACCUCCAUGUGAGAAAUGAAACUGGAACCGGUCUUAGUUGCUUUGGUUGUGAAGAUUGGGGGCAGUUUGAAGCACUGUGGAGAUUUUGUGUAGGUGUGGAAAAGAAGAAUUAAACUAGAAUUUGCCAGUAAGGGGAGAAAAAGAAAAGGGGGAUUUCUUACAAAUUUUAGAAAACAUACCCAGAUGCCAGUUUUGUCUGGCUAGAGAAGGUGAACUGCUUAAAACAGUAGCGUGAAACCAAACUGACAGAAUAUUAACCGAUCAGGAGGACUGGGUAUUUGAAAACAAGAAAGAAAAAGAGUUGGAUUUGGAUCCCCACUUUGUCUCUCAGCAGCUGCAAGUGAACUUCUAAGGAGAACUCCUCCAUUGGAAAGGGGAUUUUGAAAGAAAUGAAGAAAACCAUCAGAAAUGAUGUCAGCAGCCUCUUGGCCUUUUGUUGACUGGAGUGGAGUUUUAUUAUUGCAUUUCCUUGGAAUGACACUGCGCAGGAUGUCUGCUGAAGUCAUCUAUCAGGUUGAAGAGGCACUUGAUGAAGACGAGAAGGAAACGAUUCUUUUUUUGUGCCGGGACAUUGCUGCAGAUGUUGUUCCCCUUAAUGUCAGGGACCUUCUGGAUAUUUUAAGUGAGAGAGGAAAGCUGUCUGCCAUGGGCUUGGCUGAGCUACUGUACAGAGUGAGGCGGUUUGACUUGCUCAAGCGGAUUUUGAAGAUGGACAAAAGGGCGGUGGAGACACACCUGCUCAGGCACCCUCAGCUUGUUUCAGACUAUAGGGUGUUGAUGACAGAGAUUGGUGAAGAUUUGGACAAAUCUGAUGUGUCCUCAUUAAUUUUCCUCAUGCGGGAUCAUAUGGGCCGAAGCAAGGUAGCCAAGGAUAAGAGUUUCCUAGAUCUUGUGAUUGAAUUGGAGAAGCUAAAUCUGAUUGCUCCAGAUCGAUUGGAUUUAUUAGAAAAAUGCUUAAAGAACAUCCACAGAAUAGACCUGAAGACAAAAGUCCAGAAAUACAAGCAGUCUGCUCAAGGAGGUGAAACAAGUUAUAUAAGUGCACUCCAGGCAUCUUUCCCAAAUUUGAGUCUUAAGGAUCCUUCAUAUAACUUAAGGCUCCAGAAUGGGAGAAGUAAUGAACAAAGACUCAAUGUGGGACAACCUGAUACUCAGAGAGAAUCAGUGAAGACAUCCAUUCAGGAAUCAGGAACAUCUCUACCUCAGCACAUACAAGAGAGAUAUAGGAUGCAGAGCAAGCCCCUGGGAAUCUGCCUGAUAAUUGACUGCAUUGGCAAUGAUACAGAGUUUCUUCGGGACACUUUUACUUCCUUGGGCUAUGAAGUCCAGUAUUUUUUGUACCUGCAUGUGGAGAGUAUAAUCCAGAUUCUUCGCCAAGUUGCCUGCAUGCCCCAACACCAAGACUACGACAGCUUUGUGUGUGUCCUGGUGAGCCGAGGUGGCUCCCACAGCGUGUUUGGCGUGGAUCAGACACAGCCAGGGUUCCCUUUGGAUCAGAUCAGGAGGAUGUUCAUGGGAGAUGCAUGCCCUUCUCUCUUAGGGAAGCCAAAGCUCUUUUUUAUUCAGAACUAUGUGGUGUCAGAAGGCCAACUGGACAGCAGCAGCUUCCUGGAGGUGGAUGGGCCAGCAGUGAACAAUGUGGAGUCCAAGGCCAGGCAGCCUGCGCCCUGUACCAUCCACCGAGAAGCUGACUUCCUCUGGAGCCUGUGCACAGCAGACGUGUCCCUGUUGGAACAGUCCUCCAGUUCACCGUCGUUGUACCUGAAGUGCCUUUCCCAGAAACUGUGGCAAGAAAGAAGACGCCCACUCUUGGAACUCCACAUUGAACUCAACAGCAGUGUGUAUGAUUGGAACAGCAAAGUGUCUGCUAAGGAGAGGUACUACGUCUGGCUGCAGCACACUCUGAGAAAGAAACUCAUCCUCUCUUGCAAAUGAAAAGCCAAAAGACUUUCUUAGCUCUGCAGUCUCCAUCACUAGCCCCAAAUAGUUUUCAAGCAAAU